CCCGCCGGGGCGAGGGGGAGCCGGGGCGCGGGCCUGGGGUUGGGUCGGAAAAGCUGCCUCACGGGCGCGCCCGCCUGCCCCUCCGCCCUCGCCGGCCUCCCUUCCACUCUCGCUGCGCCUUCCCGGCGGCGGCGCCCGCAGCGGCCUCGCCAUGUCCCAGCCUGGCCAGAAGCCCGCCGCCUCCCCGCGGCCCCGGCGCAGCGCCCGCCACGCCCAGGAGCACGUCAGUGAAAAAACCAGUGAAUCGCCUUCCAAACCAGUAGAAAAGAAAGGAUCAGAUGAGAAAAAAGCAGCAAGCCUUGGGACCAGUCAACCCUCCAGAACCUAUGCUGGUAGAACAGCCCCUGCCACUAAGGUGUCAGCUUCUUCAGGUGUGACCAGCAAGUCUUCCAGUAUGAAUCCCACAGAAACCAAGGCUGUAAAAACAGAACCUGAGAAGAAGUCACAAUCAACUAAGCCAUCUGUGGUUCAUGAGAAAAAAUCUCAAGAAGGAAAGCCAAAAGAACACACAGAGCCCAAAAGCCUACCCAAGCAUGCAUCAGAUACAGGAAGUAAACAUGCCCAUAAAGAAAAAGCAACUUCCAGAUCAAGUGAACAGGUGCCAUCAGAGAAAUCAACAGAACCAAAGACUAAGCCACAAGACACGAUUUCUGCUGGUGGAGAGAGAGUUGUUGCUGGUAUAGCUGCAACAUCUGGCAAACCAGAUGAAAAGAAAAAAGAAAAGAAAUCAUUAACUCCAGCUGCACCAGUUGAAUCCAAACCAGAUAAACCAUCUGGAAAGUCAGAUAUGGAUACUGCUUUGGAUGACUUAAUAGACACUUUAGGAAAACCUGAAGGACCUAAAGAAGAUAAUACAACAUAUACCGGACCCGAAGUUUCAGAUCCAAUGACUUCCACCUACAUAGAGGAAUUGGGUAAAAGAGAAGUCACAAUUCCUCCAAAAUAUAGGGAACUUUUGGCUAAAAAUGAAGGGAUCACAGGCCCUCCUCCAGACUCUUCGAAACCCAUGGGGCCAGAUGAUGCUAUAGACUCCUUGUCAUCUGACUUCACCUGUAGCUCUCCUACUGCAGAUGGAAAGAAAACUGAAAAAGAGAAAUCUACAGGAGAGGUUUUAAAAGCUCAGUCAGCAGGGACAAUCAGAAGUGCUGCUCCACCCCAGGAGAAGAAAAGAAAGGUGGAGGAGGAUACGAUGAGCGAUCAAGCACUCGAGGCUCUGUCAGCUUCACUGGGCACCCGGAAACCAGAACCUGAGCUCGACCUCAGCUCUCUUAAGGAAGUCGAUGAGGCAAAAGCUAAUGAAGAAAAACUAGAGAAGUGUGGUGAGGAUGAUGAGACAGUCCCACCAGAGUACAGAUUAGAACCAGCCACGGAUAAAGAUGGGAAACCACUAUUGCCAGAGCCUGAAGAAAAAUCCAAGCUCCUGAGUGAAUCAGAACUCAUUGAUGAACUUUCAGAAGAUUUUGACCGGUCUAAAUGUAAAGAGAAACAAUCUAAGCCAACUGAAAAAACAAAAAAAUCUAAGGCCGCUGCCCCAGCUCCUGUGGCAGAGGCCGUGCCUCGGAAAUCCAUGUGCAGCGUACAGGCAGCGCCGGCCGAGCCAGCUGCCGCCCCGCAGGGCACGGUGCCGGAUGACGCUGUAGAAGCCUUGGCUGGUAGCCUAGGAGAAAGGGAAGCAGAUCCAGAAGAUGGAAAACCUAUGAUAGACAAAGUCAAGGAUAAAGCCACAGAAGAAGACCGUGAAAAACUUGGCGAAAAAGAAGAAACAAUUCCUCCUGAUUAUAGAUUAGAAGAAGUCAAGGAUAAAGAUGGAAAACCACUCCUGCCAAAAGAGUCCAAGGAACAGCUUCCACCCAUGAGUGACGACUUCCUUCUUAAUGCUUUGUCUGAGGAUUUCUCCGGUUCCCCAAACACCUCACCUCUUGAAUUCAAUGAGGCUGAACUUUCUGCUGUCAUCUCUGACGUGGUUUCCCAAACCCCAGCUUCAACCACUCACUCUGCAGCCCCACCCCCGGACACUUCGCAGAGUGACAAAGAACUGGACGAUGCAUUGGAUAAACUCUCUGACAGUCUAGGACAGAGACAGCCUGAUCCUGAUGAGAACAAACCAAUGGACGAUAAAGUAAAGGAGAAAACUAAAGCCGAACACAGAGACAUGCUUGGAGAAAGAGAUGACACUAUCCCACCUGAAUACAGACAUCUCCUGGAUGGUGAUGGGAAGGACAAAUCCGUGAAGCCACCUACAAAGAAAUCAAAGGAAUCAAAGAAACCUGCAGAUGACAAGGACCCCAUUGAUGCCCUCUCAGGAGAUUUAGACAGCUGUCCCUCAAAUACAGAAACCUCACAGAACACAGCAAAGGAUAAGAGCAAGAAGUCUGCUUCCAGUUCCAAAGCACCCAAGAAUGGAGGUAAAGCAAAGGAUUCAGCAAAGACAACAGAGGAAACUUCCAAGCCAAACACUGAUGGAAAGAAUACAAGUUAAAGUUUACACUCCUUGGUAUCUGCAUAUAAAAUCUUCAGCUGGUGAAUGGUGACUUGAAGAACAAAAAGCUUUGGCAACAGAAAACAAUUUUUCUGGGUGGCUGCUAGACAGUGAUAUUUAAGUCUUUGGACAUCCUAAACAUUGGUUUGUUGUUCUUUUCCAGAAAAAAAAAUGAAUUUGUCUGGUUCACCUGUGUUAUUGUACUGAGUCUUGAUGAACUUUGAAUUUUUUUUUAAAUUGCCUUUGGUUGGGAGAGAAAGGAAGCUUUAUAUUUGUAAUAAAUAUAUUUGAUAAAGUUUCUUAAAGCAACACCAAAAAAAGAAAAACUUUGCAAACUUUUGCACAUUCUACACAGUGCCUGUAAAUCUCAUUAGUAUUUUCAAUUUGCACUUCAUUUUUUGUUAGCAUUUAGAAAACAAUGCUUUAAACAUUCUUCAGUGUUCUGAUUUCUCAUUACGCCCUUUCCUCUUGGGUUUUUGAACUGUAUUUGAUUUUUUUUUUUUUUGGAGUUGUUUAUAAGUCAAACAUAAAAUAUUGUACAUUGGGCACAUAUUUCCUUUUGGGCUGCUAAUAAAUUAACAGAUACCCUGGACAAACCAGGAAACACCGAA